AUGGUCGGGCGUCUUGAAGGCAAGAAUGCCAUCGUCACCGGUGCAGCUGGAGGUAUCGGCCUCGAAACUACAAUCCUCAUGCUCCGCGAAGGCGCCUCUGUCCUAAUGGCCGACAUUAGUAACGAAGGCCUGGACAAAGCCCUGUCCAAGGUGAACAGUGUCGUGCCCGCCUCAGCCCGCACCGGAAAAGUCGAAACUAAAGUUGUCGAUGUGUCGAACGAGUCCCAAAUCGAAGCAGCUGUCGCUCAUCUCGACGCCUGGGGUGGACUUGAUAUCAUCUUCAAUAAUGCUGGAAUCAUGCACCCCAAGGACGGAGAUUCAGAAGAGUGUCCAGAGGAUAUCUGGGAUCGCACAAUGAAUAUCAAUGUUAAGGGUGUGUGGUACGGCUCGAAGCAUGCUGUACGGGCAUUCCGGAGGCAUGGAAAGAAGCGCGCUAGCGUAAUUAAUACUGCUAGUAUGGUUGCACUGGUUGGGGCUGCGACACCACAGUUGGCAUAUACCGCUAGCAAGGGUGCUGUAUUGGCAAUGACCCGGGAGCUGGGUAUUGUCCACGCCCGCGAGGGGUUCCGAUUCAACUCGCUUUGCCCUGCACCUCUCAACACGCCUCUGUUGCAGGAUUGGCUUGGUGAUGAUAAGGAAAAGCGUUUCCGUCGCGAGGUGCAUUUCCCUAGCGGUCGGUUUGGCGAGGCAAUUGAACAGGCCCACGCGGUGAUCUUCCUUGCUAGCGACGAGAGCAGCUUCGUGAAUGCUACUGACUUCGUCGUUGAUGGUGGCUUGACAAAGGCAUAUGUUACGCCUGAGGGUCCGGCGACAGAAGCACCAAAGAACUUGGCGGCAUGA